UGAAUAUAAUAAUCUGUGGUUAACUGUCUAUGUUUGAUCGCUUUGGUUUUGGUUCGGAUUUGCGGUAUUCGUGAUAAUUACUAAGCAAAUUUAAAGAAAGUAAACUAUCCAUUCAAAAUACAAAAAUGUCAGCCAGAUACGAUAGAGCUAUUACUGUUUUUUCACCUGACGGCCAUUUAUUACAAGUAGAGUACGCGCAAGAAGCCGUCCGUAAAGGGUCGACCGCGGUCGGUGUUAGAGGUAAAGAUGUUGUUGUGUUGGGAGUGGAAAAGAAGUCAGUGGCAAAGCUCCAAGAAGAACGGACUGUAAGAAAAAUUUGCCUGUUGGAUGAUCACGUUGUGAUGGCCUUUGCCGGCUUGACUGCAGACGCACGUAUUCUCAUAAACCGCGCCCAAAUCGAGUGUCAAUCUCAUAAGCUUACAGUAGAAGAUCCUGUUACACUAGAAUAUAUCACUAGAUAUAUUGCAAGCCUCAAACAAAAAUACACCCAAAGUAAUGGAAGACGUCCAUUUGGCAUAUCUUGUCUCAUUGGAGGAUUUGACUAUGAUGGAAUUCCACACUUGUUCCAAACUGAACCAUCUGGCAUUUACUAUGAAUGGACCGCCAAUGCUACUGGUAGGUCAGCAAAAACUGUACGAGAGUUUUUGGAAAAGAAUUACACUGCAGAAGAGGUUGCCUCAGAAAAUGGUGCAGUAAAGCUUGCAAUUUGUGCCUUACUGGAAGUGGUUCAAUCUGGCCAGAAAAACUUAGAAAUAGCAGUUAUGAGACGCAAUCAACCCAUGCAAAUGCUAGACUUGGACACAAUCAAUUCAUAUGUGUCAGUAAUAGAAAAAGAGAAAGAAGAAGAAGCUGAGAAGAAAAAACAGAAGAAAUAAAUGAAACAAAUUAAUAUUUUUUAUAUUAACUAUACUUAUUAAUACAUGGCAGAGAAUACAAAA